ACAUCGUUCAACAUUUGAUCAGUGAAGUGAGGGCUUCCCAAACAAACAGCAUCAACAUGAACUCUGCUAUCGUGCUAUGUGUGGUGGCGCUGGCCGGCAUGGUGCUCGCGCGUCCUGAUGGUGACGGCGACAAGUACACCUCCAGGUGGGACGACGUAGACCUGGACGAGAUCCUCGAGAACGACCAUCUGUUGAUACCUUACAUCAAGUGCUCGCUCGACGAGGGCAAGUGCGCGCCCGACGCUAAGGAGCUCAAGGAACACAUCCAGGAAGCUCUGGAGACUGGGUGCGCCAAGUGCACUGACAAGCAGAAGGAGGGAACCCGCCGCGUCAUCGCUCACCUGAUCAAGAAAAAGCUGCAAGAGUGGGAGAAGCUGAAGGCCAAGUACGACCCCGAGGGCAAGUACGCGAAGAAGUAUGAAAAGGAGCUCGAAGAAGUGAAAAACGCGUACAUCAACAUGAACUCUGCUAUCGUGCUAUGUGUGGUGGCGCUGGCCGGCAUGGUGCUCGCGCGCCCUGAUGGUGACGGCGACAAGUACACCUCCAAGUGGGACAACAUAGACCUGGACGAGAUCCUCGGCAAUGACCGCCUGCUGGUGCCUUACAUCAAGUGCGCGCUCGACGAGGGCAAGUGCGCUCCCGACGCUAAAGAACUCAAGGAACAUAUCCUGGAAGCUCUCGAGACUGGAUGCGACAAGUGUACUGACAAGCAGAAAGAGGGAACCCACCGCGUCAUCGCUCACCUGAUCAAAUAUAAGCUUGAGGAGUGGGAGAAGCUGAGGGCCAAGUACGACCCCGAGGGCAAGUACGCAAAGAAGUACGAGAAAGAGCUCGAAGAAUUGAAAAAAGCGUAG